GUAAGUACCGCCCCGCACUCAGCAAGCGACCAAGAACUGGUGUGAGCCAAAUCGGUCGUGGUUUAAUUGGUGAAAAAUGGCGCUGUCUCAAGGAACAAAGAGAAAAGUUUGCUAUUACUACGACGGUGAUGUAGGUAACUACUACUAUGGCCAGGGCCACCCUAUGAAGCCCCACAGGAUCCGUAUGACACACAACCUCCUCCUCAACUAUGGCCUCUACAGGAAGAUGGAGAUCUACAGGCCACACAAAGCCAGCGGUGAGGAGAUGACCAAGUACCACAGUGACGACUACAUUAAGUUUCUCAGGUCCAUCCGACCAGACAACAUGUCUGAACACAGCAAACAGAUGCAAAGAUUCAACGUUGGAGAGGACUGUCCGGUGUUUGACGGCCUGUUUGAGUUCUGCCAGCUCUCCACAGGCGGCUCCGUGGCUGGAGCGGUGAAGCUAAACAAGCAGCAGACUGACAUCGCUGUCAACUGGGCGGGUGGACUCCAUCAUGCCAAAAAAUCGGAAGCCUCCGGUUUCUGCUAUGUCAACGACAUCGUCCUCGCCAUCCUGGAGCUGCUCAAGUACCACCAGCGAGUGUUGUAUAUAGACAUCGACAUCCAUCACGGCGAUGGCGUGGAGGAGGCCUUCUACACCACCGACAGAGUCAUGACCGUCUCCUUCCACAAGUAUGGGGAGUACUUCCCUGGCACCGGAGAUUUGAGAGACAUUGGUGCCGGGAAAGGGAAGUACUACGCUGUGAACUACCCGCUCAGAGACGGCAUUGAUGACGAGUCUUACGAAGCCAUCUUUAAACCUAUCAUGGCUAAAGUGAUGGAGAUGUACCAGCCAAGUGCUGUGGUGCUGCAGUGUGGAGCUGAUUCACUAUCUGGAGACAGACUGGGCUGCUUCAACCUCACCAUCAAAGGCCACGCCAAAUGUGUGGAAUACAUGAAAAGCUUCAACCUGCCGCUACUGAUGUUGGGAGGCGGCGGCUACACCAUCCGCAACGUGGCCCGCUGCUGGACUUACGAGACGGCCGUGGCGCUGGACUGCUCCAUCCCCAACGAGCUGCCCUACAAUGACUACUUUGAGUACUUCGGGCCCGACUUCAAACUCCACAUCAGCCCUUCCAACAUGACCAACCAGAACACCAACGAGUACCUGGAGAAGAUCAAGCAGCGGCUCUUUGAGAACCUGCGCAUGCUGCCGCACGCACCCGGCGUGCAAAUGCAGGCCAUUCCCGAGGACGCUCCCCAUCCGGACAGCGGGGACGAGGAUGAAGAAGAUUCCGAUAAACGUGUUUCAAUCCGUGCACAUGACAAGAGGAUAGCCUGUGACGAGGAGUUCUCAGACUCUGAUGACGAGGCCGAGGGGCAGGGUGGUGGCCGCCGGAACUCGGCCAAUCACAAGAAGGCGAAACGAGUGAAGAAGGAGGAGGAGCGAGAAGGGGAGGAAAAGAAAGAUGUGAAGGAAGAACAUGAGAAGAUGGACGUGUCAGGAGCGAAAGAGGAUGCCAAGACUACUUGAACUUGUUUCCCCACAUCGUCUGCUGCUGCUGCAUGAAGUGGACUUCCCUGCUUUUACUGGUGACCCCCCCCCCAACCAACCAAACAAACCUCCAUAGUCAGAGAUAGUUCUUGUACUUCUUUGAAAAGCCACCCUGGAUAACGUUCCUUGCCGUAUGAAACAAACGCAGCUCUACAUGCUAAAAUGAUGGGUAUUGAAAUUGUAAAGCUACUGCUAAGUUAUUUUAAACCGUCCAUGUUUUUAUAAAUUGUUGUCUGUGCACCUUGUGGAGUUCCUCAUCCCAAGAGGCACGUUCAAAAAAAGUAUUCCAUGUUGUGUUGUAGUAGUAGGGGCAAGUAGACUUAUUCCAUACUCAAACUAUUCUUUAACACACCAAAGUAGUACGUUUUUAUACCAGGCAGUCUUCAUCAGGGUGGUGAUGUUCCUGUUACGUGUCAUGCCAGUUUAUUUAUGUGGAGGCUUCAACCGCUGUCUUCCUUGUCAUCCACCGCCCGGCUUCUUUAAGACCACAUCGCAGGUGUGAGUACAAAAGCCCCCUCGUCCCAGUUUAUGGCCUUUGUACUCACACCUGGGAUGUGGUCUUGAAUAAGAAGCCGGACGGUGGCUGGCGCUGCCUUCACUGACAGGAAGACCGCAGAAACAUCCACAUAAAUAAGCUGGCAUGACACAACAGUAACAUAACCACCCUGAUGAAGACUGCCUGGUAUAAAAAAGUACUACUUUGGUGUGUUAAAGACUAGUUUGAGUAUAGCCAUGCUAGACCAAAUGAACCUCAUUAGACAGACUUAUUCCAUACUUGACUUAUGACCUCAAGGACGAGCUCCGAGAACUCCACAGGGUCACUCAUGCAUACAUGAAUGAUUUUCUAUUUGAAGUGAUGUUUUUUACCGUCUGACGUGUGCUUGUGAUGAAUGUGUUGUUCUGACUCUGCAAUAAACACGUUACAAACAGGCACUUUAAGGU